UGUGACGUGAGCAGGUCUUCAUCGUCCCGGUGACUAUGCCACCCUCCCACUCACAGCCCAGGUGCUGCAGGAGUUAGAGGAAUGUCUGUCAUCUUCCAUCCUCUGCCUUCUCCCUCACUCCUGUUCUUUUAUUAUUAUUUUUUUCCUUUCUUCUGAAUCCCGACUGUCAGUUCGGUCUUCCUCUCGCCCGGCUUUUUCCCCCCUCCACACAUCCCUGCCUUAGCUGAGAGAGGACCAUGAAUCUGAGCCGUGUCUGCUGUGAUUUUCAGCAUUUAGACAAACCAGUGUGUUAGGACACGUCCCACUCAUCGUCACUGGGCAGCCCAUACACAUGCACGACACCAUGGGCAGCUCCCCUGAGGUGCUCUCUUGGACUUCCUGUCCAAGUCUACUGGUGGGCAAGCUGAAGGAGGAGCUCAAACUCACUGUGGUUGGGGACAGCAUGAAGAAAUCCAGCUCGCCUAACUCCCAACCGCAGCCUCCUCAGGCCCCUCUAUCCAACUUACCUCCUCAGAUCAUCACAGACCUCGCUCCGCCGACACACCUGCCCGUUCCCCUGCUGCAGACGCCUGGCCAGGAUGAGGAGUCCAUGUUGGGCGGUACUAGUCCACCAAACGCAGCCCUGAGCGUGGACUCAACUCGGAGCGAAGGCGGACACUUUGACAACAGCGUGCUCCAGCUGCAGGAGCAGGACCACGAGGAAGCUGGGUCGCCGGCAUCCCAUGAGCACGUUGGAUGUGGCAGCGGCAUGGACGAGCAUAUGGGAGAGGGGGACUGUCCAAUGGACCACAAUGGAGAGGGCAAGCCGAAACUCCCGCAUCACCCUGAUGACAUCAAGCUGCACUUCCAAAGAGCCCCUCCUGGGUCGGGAGGCUUCUUAGAGGGGCUCUUUGGCUGCCUGCGGCCUGUGUGGAACAUUAUUGGGAAGACCUACUCUACUGAAUACAAGCUACAACAGCAAGACAUGUGGGAGGUUCCUUUCGAGGAGAUUUCAGAGCUGCAGUGGCUCGGCAGCGGAGCACAGGGUGCCGUCUUCCUGGGCAAGUUUCGCUCCGAGGAAGUGGCUAUCAAGAAGGUGCGAGAACAGAAGGAGACGGACAUUAAACACCUGCGAAAGCUCAAGCAUCCCAAUAUCAUCAGCUUCAAGGGUGUGUGCACCCAGGCACCUUGUUACUGCAUUAUCAUGGAGUACUGUGCCCAGGGUCAGCUGUAUGAGGUGCUGAGAGCGGGGAGGAAAGUGACCCCAAGGCUGCUGGUGGACUGGGCCACAGGCAUUGCCAGCGGCAUGAACUACCUACACCUGCACAAGAUCAUCCACAGAGACCUCAAGUCUCCUAAUGUUUUGGUGACCCACAACGACACUGUGAAAAUCUCAGACUUUGGCACAUCCAAAGAGCUCAGUGAUAAAAGUACAAAGAUGUCAUUUGCGGGGACGGUGGCCUGGAUGGCCCCAGAAGUGAUAAGAAAUGAGCCUGUGUCUGAAAAAGUAGACAUCUGGUCAUUUGGAGUUGUGUUAUGGGAGCUACUGACUGGAGAGAUUCCCUACAAAGAUGUGGACUCAUCCGCCAUUAUUUGGGGUGUCGGCAGCAACAGUCUCCACCUUCCCGUCCCCUCCACGUGCCCAGAUGGGUUUAAAAUCCUCAUGAAACAGACAUGGCAGGGAAAGCCCAGGAAUAGGCCGUCGUUUCGUCAGAUUCUCCUACAUCUCGACAUCGCCUCUGCAGAUGUUCUGGGAACUCCUCAGGAGACCUACUUUAAGUCUCAGGCAGAAUGGAGGGAGGAGGUGAAGAAGCAUUUUGAGAAGAUCAAAAGUGAAGGCACCUGCAUCCACAGGCUGGACGAGGAGCUGAUCCGACGCAGGAGGGAUGAACUCAGGCAUGCACUGGACAUCCGGGAGCACUAUGAGAGGAAAUUGGAGAGAGCCAACAACCUCUACAUGGAGCUCAGUGCCAUCAUGCUGCAGCUGGAGGUCCGAGAAAAGGAGCUGAUGAAUUCUGUGCAUCACCGUAGGAGAGAGCAGGCGGUGGAGAAGAAAUAUCCCGGCAGCUACAAGCGCCACUUAGUCCGACCGAUCGUUAGAUCCAACGCUGUGGAGAAGCUCAUCAAGAAGAAAGGAAGCAUUUCCCACAAACCUGGGAUGCCUCCCACCAAAAGGCCAGACCUGCUUCGCUCUGAUGGCAUCCCUAGCGUAGACCCUCUCCCGUCGCCCUCACCGCUGUCUGCUAGCCCGAAGGUCUCCACCCCUCCUGGCAAAGCCCGGUACCGAAGCAAGCCUCGUCACCGCCGCGCCAACAGCAAAGGAAGCCACAGCGAGUUCUCCACUGUGCUGAAACCCAUUGCUGGAGCACCAGAAGAAACCCACUCUCUCCAGGAGCAACCGAUCCACCAUCAUCACCACCACCACCCUCCUCAAACUGAGGGGAACUUUCUCCCCUUGAAAGGUCGCGAGCAGGCUGUUGUCAACUGUGCCAACAACCUGCGAUACUUCGGCCCCGCCGCCGCCCUCCGUAGCCCUCAAACUGACCACAUGCAGCGCCGCGUUUCUGGCUCCAGUCCUGACCUCAUUUCCACCGCUGUGGAUGCAGACACGCGACAGCGGACUUCAUCCACCGGCUCCAAACCUGCAUCAGGCGCUGGUGCUGGUUCUUUAUGUCCCUGCUGCCAGGCUCACCCCUUCCCCGGCUGUCUACACUGUCAGGAGACCCCUCCCCUAUCAAGCCACCCAGAGCUGCCGCACUACUCGCUGCUCAACACCCAAGAGGGCAACCAGUCUUCUCUGGGGGCACACAACAAAGACACAGUCUCAGAUGGAGAGACCACAAAGAAGACAGAGACGCAGGAACAGGAUGCAUCCCAGAACGCGCACACACUGCCCUCUGCACUGCCCCGCACUCUCAGGCCGCUCAGGAAGGGUGGUGAUGAGUCAUCCGAAGAAGAAGAGGGAGAGGUGGAUAGUGAAGUGGAGUUUCCAAGGAGACAGAGACCUCAUCGCUGUAUGAGCAGUUUCCAGUCCUAUUCUACUUUCAGCUCAGAGAACCUGUCGGUGUCUGACGGAGAGGAAGGAAACACCAGUGACCACUCGCACAGCGGACCCCUGGAGAGGCUGAGCGCCAGUCAGGAGGAACACCUGGACGAGCUGCUGUCCCACACGCCGGACAUCCCCAUCGACAUCUCCACCCAGUCAGACGGCCUCUCUGACAAGGAGUGUGCCGUCCGCAGGGUGAAGACGCAGAUCUCGUUGGGGAAGCUGUGCUCCGACGAACACAGCUACGAGAAUCCGCUACAGUUUGGGGACUCGGACUGCGAUUCGUCAGAAGCAGAGUGCUCCGAUGCCACUAUUAGAAACAACAAAGUCGGGGCUCCUUCCUCGUGGUGAACCUGCCUAAAGGGCUCAUCAUCUUUCUUGCCUGGAGGCCAUCAUGUCCCUCUCUGCUCUGCAGAAAAUACAGCAAUAAGAGGACAAACAUUGUAAACAAAGCUCCCUAUAGCAACGUCCUAUGUAAUCUCUCCCAUAUGACCCCCACCCCUCAUCUAGCACAGCAUUCAGGCAACCCAUUGCAGGGAUUCCCUUUUGAAUGAUAAUGUACAAUAGAUAGUUUAACGUUCAUAAUUUAUUUUUGUCUGAGUUCUGAAGGAAAAUUCAGGAGCUAUGAGACUUCUCUGAUCUGAACAGAGAGGAAAUAAACAGACAUUUUGAAUCCAAACAAGGGUUUACUUUGUGAUGGAGAGAGACCAGGACUGGAAGAAGGUGCAAAUGAUGACGAUGAUGAUCAUGAUGAGAAGGGCUUAUCAAUCAGAGGAUGAUGGCUUUCAGUGGGGAGAUGCAUAACUGCAGUAGUUGGUCUCUCAGGUGACUGACCCAGAAUAAAAGCGGCUUUCAACAUCUCACUGUCGUGGACAGACAUCUCCAAACAACAAGCAAUCGCUCAGCUCAUACUGCAGCCUGACCAACCUGCUUUAUCAUGAGUUUACAGUAUCAAGUCCCAGUACCCCACCUCCUCCGCUUCCACCCCGCCUCCCCACUGUGAGUAAAGUGGGGAGCAUGGAGCUCAUGGAAAACAUUGUGAACACCAGCAUGAACAACCUGCCUCGCAACUGGAUUUUCUCCCUCCCUGAAACCACCGGAUGUGUCUGUUCUUCAGGAUCCCCCCGCCCUCACGUAGCUGUCGAAGCAUGCUUAUGCAGCUCGCGAAAUGAAAACGCUGCCCCAAGACUGCAUGAAGCGGACAGAGCAUCGGAGAUAGAGACGUGGCCGAGAGCUAAAGAAAAAAAACAAAAACGAAAAGAGACUCUUCCUCUCUGACUCUGCUCGUCCUUCUCUUAAAGACAUGCCAUCGUCAUCAGCAAUCAGAUGUCACAGGCAGAGUUACUGAGGGAGUUAUCUGUGUGUGAGAGUGUGAGUGAAUGUGAGUGUGACAACGCAAAGUCCUUUCCUCUCCAUUAGACAUUACAGUUUCAAGUCUCAUCUCAGGAUCGUUCAAGGACUGUGAAACUGGACUGGACCAAUUAUAUGAAGGAAUGUGUUUUGUUUUUUUUGUUUUUUUGAGCGGCACAUAUUAAGGACCAUGCAGGAAUACUCGAAAAGGUCUUACAGAUAGCCUUGAUGUUCAACGUUUUAUUGCUGUAACAGACUUUAAUGGGAUGUGGAGACGAGGCAUCCAGGUGCAGUAUCCCAUUUCUUGAAAUCUUCAGGUUCGGCAUGUUCCACGGAUCAUUUUCUAGCAGGGUGGAUUAUGCCGAUGUCCAAAAUGGUCAUUAUUUGCGAAUUAUAACAGCAAUAACACGAGUGAGAAAGAAGUCGCUUGUUCAGGAUCUUGCAUGUCUAGCUGGCUAGACGCGAGCACAGUGACUGGUAGCCAGCGGAGAGCGCCAGGCGUCAGAGCUGCUUAUAGAGGCUAUUUUUUUUAAGUCCAGAGUGGGAUUUUAGAAUUUCCUUUAAGGCACUUAAAAUACUUAAAUAAACACUAAUCCAUUCACAUUCAAAGUGUGAAUCUUGUAGGCCAGAUUUAUUUAUUUUUCUUAAAAUACUUCCUUAUGUAGUCCCAAAUAGUUAAAGAGUUUCUUGGUUAAUCCUUUUUCACCAAACACAUGCAAAUACAGGUGCCUUUGAUCACAUGUUUAAUAAUUUAUCAGUUUAACUCUUUUCACCAUCAGCCCAGCUGCAGGGCCCUUUUAGAAGAGCUCUUUAAAUGACCGUAAUUCUGUUUCUGUUUGUGCCAGAGACACAAUUCAAAGGGUUUCAGAAAGAAGGGAUCACGAGCUUCACAGGGAUAUUUGUUGUGUCACGGUACCACAAAGCAUUCACAAGGUACUGAUGGCUGAACACGGACAGUAAAACCAACUAAGCCGAGAUGUUACCAUGUGCACUCCUCAACUGAUUUUGCCUUGAGAGAAAAUUCAAAUGGUUCCUGAAAGAUGAAAAUUAUUUUGUCAUGUGUUGUGAUAAGGGGUUAAGAAGCAUAUAGACCAAACUAAAAAUGUAUUAUUUAAAAAAUCUGAAAAAAUAUAGGCUUAUGGUUAGCUAAUGUCCUCUGUCCUCCUCAGCACACACACCUACUUAAAUCUGGAUGGUUUAUUCAUUUAUGAUUCAAAAUCAAAAUAAAUGCUACACUUCUUCCUAAUAACUUGGAACAUUAGUGCAUGUAGUAAAGUGCAAUCAAAGGUUUGAAAAAGCAAGAGCUCAAAGAGUUCCUUCUCUUUAUCCAAUAAGGAGUGAUUGGGAGGCUGGAGCUUCGCAUUUCACACCUACAGCUAGUUAGGAAUCCCCUGUUAACCGAACCUGAAGCCUGCAUACGCAGAGACAACACAGGGAGAACAUGCAAACUCCACACGGGGCUCAAAUUUAGAAAAAUCAUAAGUUAAAUGCUAAUUUUAAUAUUUUGUCAAGAAUCUGUUCUGGUUGUUUGUGGGUCUUCAGCGGAUAAAAUGCAUGCAUGGUUGGUUCGAGGUCUUUCCCUGCAGCUUUCAGGCCAUCUCCGAUCUUUAGUGUGGCGCACAGUCUAAUCAGCGUUGCGGCUUUUAGCACAUACCACAGGUGGUUUCAGAAUUUUUGUGUAAUGGUGAGAUGUUUCGCACUUUAGAGUUACAUUUUUUUCCCAAAGACCUCCAAUUCACACAAACAUGCACGGCUGCUUUUUUUGAAAGGCAGUCAGGACUCGACAUUGUUUUAAAGUUUUUUUUAAAAAAAGUAUGAGAAAAAGCCUUUAAAUGAAAUGUUCUCUUUAAUGACAAGUUGUGUGACCGUCCGCAGGAAGAUGAGAUGGUGAUGCACUUGGUGUGUUUUAGCAUAUAACAGCCAUACCUGUAAACUCCAUAUACAUGCAUGGAAAAUCUCACGAUUACAGAGCUAACCCUUCUCCUAAAAGCAAUCUUUAAACAUGUGAUCAGAGGGAAUCUUUAUUUUGUGUUUCUGUGAAAGGUGAUAAAAUGACUAACCCUGUGCUGCUAAACGGUAUGAUAAAGAUUCAAAACAAAGCACUGAUGUUUUUUGUUUUGCGGUUUUUCGUCCAGCAGAAACAGUUUUCUCUGAAUUUUUCUGAAUAUCGUUGUUAAAAUGCCUCGUUUUUGUGGCCAUGUCUUUGCUGCUUGGGAUGGUCAGGUUUUGUGCAAGAGCAAUAUAUGGGCAGCCACUAGAUGGCGACAGUUAGGCUUGUGUUAUGUAAAUAACCUGACUCAUCCCUUUUUCUGACUAACAUCAUUUAAUUCCUGAUGGUUAUCCAGAACAAUAUUACUUUUUACCUCUCUGGUUGUCGCUGAAAAGGGAUACUGCAUCUGUGAGAGAGCUCUCUUUUGUUUUGCUUUUAAUAAGCCCCAUUUCUGUCAUCAUCCUCACUGAUCUGAUCUUCAAGCUGACAAACAGCCAGUUUCAAUUUAACGAUAAUGAUGUCAAGCUGCCGGCUCAAGCGUGUGCAGACGGCUGAGAUUCUGCAUAUAAAGGAACAUAAGCCAGAGACGAGGCCACGGAGCACCGGAGCGACCUCAUCUCAGUGUUACUCCUGUACAUAAACACCUGUAAAUGUCAUGCGACCCAUUAUCGCCUCCCUCCCUCUCUCUCUUUGUCAUUGCACAGCUCUGGCAAAGCCUUGAGCUUGAUGACCAGCGGACUGGUUGAGCAGGAAACUCUUGAAAUCUGUCCCCACAUCAGUAUUGAACACUACAGGAGGGUGUGAGUCAUAAACCCCAGCAGCACAAGGUGAUUAUUAACGCCGAUGGACGGACUGCCUUUUGCUCCACAGCUUCAGAAAGGCUUACACCUUCUGCCUUUCCUCGAACCUCCUCCUUCACUCUUGUUUACGUUCGUGUGAAAUAACCCAGCGUGUUGUAAUGACGGGGUAAUCCGAUCAAGCUGUUAAUAACAUUAUCUUUCUGGCGUAUAUCCUGUGAAGUAUGAUUGUUGUGUAGUUUUAAUUUAAUUUUGAUCUUUUUUUUCUUUGUAGCUGGCCUACAUGAUUGUUGAAUUUAAUUUAUUUUGGAUGACUGGUGAGGAGGAGUAGUGUUCUUUUUAAUUUCAGGCAGCUUCAGAAAUGUCACGACCUACGACUUCUCUCCUGGAAAGUAUUAUUUAAAGGAAGCACAAUGAAUUGGUCAGGGAAGAGGACAGUAUUUGUGUGUGUGUGGUUGAACAAAAGCAUCGUCACGUUGACCCUGCAGGGGACCAUUCGUCAUUUAGCUUUGAUUUAGAAGGCUUUACAUCAGUAAUUAUCUCAUCGUAGGUUGUUAGGAACCACUUUCAAACAUAAGUCGGUCAGUGGGCUGUCCCCGCAGUGUAAAUGAGGCGUGAAGCCUGGAGGGAUGCGCGAUGCUGACCUCGGUACAUCUGCGGGGACCCCCACUUCCUCUCAUUCUUACUGGGAAAAAAAAAACAACUUGCAUUCAAAUUUCUGUGAAAUCGUCUCUCUAACUGUGGACAUCCUGUUGCCUCGUCCUGUGUUAUCAGACUCAUGUUUCUUUGUUACUCUUGUUUCUAUCCUCUUUCCUGUUGAAAGGCAUUAUGAUCAACCAAUCCUGUCAAUUUCCUGUAUUAUCCAGUGUACAGUGCAACGAGUAACUGGGAGAAUUAAAUCAGCGCAAACAACUGCAUGGAAUAAAUGCUGUACUGUACCCAAA